UGAUGAGUGGAUUACAGUGAUGAAAAAGAUAUAAAUGGAAAAAAAAUAAAAACAACUCCAAAAAACAAAUUCAAAUAAGGGGAAAAAAACCCACACAUGCAAUUAAUAUAUAUACAUGCUACUCUGCCAACCAGUGAGCUUGCUUAGCUUAGAUUAGCUGCUAUAUUACUGUUGUGUUCACUAAAAUUCUGUCCAAUAAAGUUUUCUUUCUUCCCUUUUCCCUCUUCUACUUCUAUACAGUACCAAAAAAAGCUCUGGUUUUUUGCUACUUUUAAGGUCUAUUUCGCCGCCUUUUACAACUUAUAAAUUAUAAAUUUCACACAGAGCAUUUAAGUGAGUUAGUUGUGGUUUGCAGAAGAUUUUUUUUUUGUUUUUGUGAUCUUUGCAAUAAUCUCUGGGCUGCAUUUAUUCUCUUAAAAUUCUUGAAAAGUCGGAAAAAAAGCAGUUUUUUUUUGUGUUGGUUUUAGUUCAAGUUUGUUCUUUCCUUUUCACUCUGCUUUUUUUCACUAUAAAUAUACUGGGGCGGUUGCCGUUAACUGAAUUAAAGGAAUAGUUCAAUUAGAAGUGGAGUGUAUAAUUGUUUUUGCAGAGAUCUAGUUACAAGAAAGAGACAUCUUUUAGUACUACUACAAGAAAUUGAUAAUGUUGGCUCAGAAUCAAGCAGAGGAAGCAAUUGUCCCAAACUUCAGUGAAAGUGAAUUACAUGAUGGAAGUAGCAAAGAAGAUGUUGAGAAAUCACAAGAAGAUCAAUCACUUUUCAAUGUCAAGAGUUUCCUGUGGCAUGGCGGCUCUGCUUGGGAUGCUUGGUUCAGUUGUGCUUCAAAUCAAGUUGCACAAGUGCUAUUGACAUUACCAUACUCUUUUUCUCAACUUGGUAUGGUGUCGGGCAUAGUGCUGCAGAUCUUCUAUGGUCUUGUUGGUAGUUGGACUGCAUACCUCAUCAGUGUUCUCUAUAUUGAAUACAGAAGCAGAAAAGAGAAAGAAGGUGUUAGCUUCAAGAAUCAUGUCAUUCAGUGGUUUGAAGUGCUUGAUGGACUAUUGGGACCAUACUGGAAAGCAGCAGGCCUUGCCUUCAACUGUACUUUCCUUCUGUUUGGAUCGGUCAUACAACUAAUUGCUUGUGCAAGUAACAUAUAUUACAUCAAUGAUCAUUUGGACAAGAGGACAUGGACUUACAUAUUUGGAGCUUGUUGUGCUACUACUGUGUUCAUUCCUUCUUUCCACAACUAUAGGAUUUGGUCUUUUCUUGGACUGGGAAUGACCACUUACACUGCAUGGUACUUAACCGUUGCAGCUCUCGUUCACGGUCAGCUUGAAAAUGUUCAACACGCUGCUCCAACAAAGCUAGUUUUGUAUUUCACUGGUGCCACCAAUAUCCUUUACACCUUUGGUGGACAUGCUGUUACUGUGGAAAUUAUGCAUGCAAUGUGGAAACCACAGAAGUUCAAGUACAUUUACUUAAUAGCCACAUUGUACGUUUUCACCCUAACACUGCCAUCAGCUUCAGCAGUUUACUGGGCAUUUGGAGAUCAACUUUUAAACCAUAGUAACGCGUUCUCACUUCUACCAAAAAAUGGGUGGCGCGAUGCUGCCGUGAUCUUGAUGUUGAUUCAUCAGUUUAUCACGUUCGGAUUUGCGUGUACGCCGCUGUACUUUGUGUGGGAGAAAGUUAUAGGGAUGCAUGAUACAAGAAGCAUUUGCCUAAGGGCAUUGGCUAGAUUGCCUGUGGUUAUACCAAUAUGGUUCUUAGCUAUUAUUUUCCCAUUUUUUGGACCGAUCAAUUCUGCAGUUGGGGCUCUUUUGGUUAGUUUCACAGUCUACAUCAUACCAGCUCUUGCCCAUAUGCUCACUUAUCGAAAAUCAUCCGCUCGUCAGAAUGCAGCAGAGAAACCACCAUUUUUCAUGCCAAGUUGGACUGCUAUGUAUGCUAUUAACAUCUUCAUAGUGGCCUGGGUUUUUGUUGUAGGAUUCGGGUUCGGAGGUUGGGCUAGCAUGACCAAUUUCGUCAAACAAGUCGAUACGUUUGGCCUUUUCGCCAAGUGUUAUCAAUGCAAAUCUCCAGUUCCAUCGGCAAGUCUACCACCACAUCCGGCGCCCGCCCACCAUUAAGAAGCUGACCUAGAUCCGAUCGGCAAACCACAUGUGCUAGUUUCUCUGCAUGUGGCUCGAUGCCAAAAGAAAAUUUCAACAGUCAAAAAAUUGUCCUUAGACUAUCUUGUGUAUUAUAUACAUGGGGUUGUAGUAAUACUUCCCUUACAUGUGGUGUGUGCCAAAAUAUUAUUUCCUUAUUUUUUCCCUUUUAAGUUUCAAUUUUUUUUUUACAGCAUUAGACAUAAUAGUGUGUUAAAUUGUGAUGAAUGCUUUGCUAUCAAAAGCAUAGGUUAAUUAAAUCAAGUUGUGUUAGUUUUUAAAGUUCUUUUCUUCCCCACUUUUGGUGGAGUGGAAAAUGAUUCUUGUUAUAAAAUAGGAUUAUAUAGUUGGUAUUGUAGAAACUUUUUGCUCUUGUAAUGUCAUGUGAUCAGAAGGUCAUAAAUUUCAAUUGCAUUACAUAAGAAGAGCUUGUUGAUCUUUUGCUCCAAA